UUGCAGGAACUGGAUAAAAAAAUGGAACUCUUGGGCUCAAUAGUAGAAAUUGCAAAGAAUAUGUUGGAACUAUUUGGAUUUGGAGAAUGGUAUGGAUACCACAAUGGCCUUGAAGGAAACAUGCAAAAGCUCAAGAGAAAGAUAGAGGACUUGAGCGCUCAAGAGAAUGACAUAAAUGCAGAAAUUAGUACGGCGGAGUGCCAGCCAUUGAAAAGACGAAAGCAAGAAGUCGAAGUUUGGCUCAGAGAUGUGCCACAGUUGAAGGACGAUGUGCAAAGACUUGAGCAAGAAGUAGUUGGAGAAAGGAACGCCUGGAAUGUCAUCCCGCGUGCACGGUUAGGAAAGCGUAUCAUCCAGAAGGUUCAAGAGGCGGCAGAACUCCAAGAAAAGGGCAAAUCUUUCAAUGAUUUGCUGGUUGGUGAAUGUCCAACUGGUGGACUGUUGAUGCCACCAACAAAAGAUUUUGUUGAGUCCACAAAGGCAAGGAACGUGGAGAGAGUUUGGGAAUGCUUGAUGAAUGAUGACGAUAGAAAGAUUGGCGUUUGCGGAAUGGGCGGCGUUGGCAAAACAGCCAUCAUGAACCAUAUUCAAAAUAGGCUUUUGAAAGAAAAGGAUAAGUUUGAUGGUGUUUUCUGGGUUACAGUAUUUAAAGCAUUCAACGUUAUAAAGCUACAGAGCGACAUAGCUAAGGAGCUAAAUUUUAGUCUUUUGGAUGAUGAAGAUGAAAGAAGAAGAGCAAAGCACUUACAUGCAACGCUUUCCCGAAGGAAGAAGUACGUCCUUAUCAUAGACGAUCUAUGGGAGGAAUUCCUUCUGGAGAGGGUAGGUAUUCCGGAACCUACCCAAUCUAACGGGUGUAAAAUAGUUUUAACUACGCGGUCGUUGGAUGUUUGUAAAAGGAUGGAUUGCACAGCUGUGAAAGUCGAGCUUCUCACGCAGCAAGAAGCGCUGACUCUAUUUCUCAAUAAGGCUGGCAAAAAUGGCCCGGUGCUUGCACCAAAAGUGGAAGAAAUUGCAGCUGAAAUUGCCAAACGAUGUGCAUGUCUGCCGCUUGCAGUUGUUACAGUAGCUCGAAGUUUGCGGGCAUUGGAAGGAAUCCGUGAGUGGAGAGAUGCAUUAAAUGACUUGAAUAGCUCGAGGAAAGACGCCAACGAUGGUGAAACGGAGGUUUUUGAGAUACUGAAAUUUAGUUAUGAUCGCCUAGGAAAUAAGGUGCUCCAGGAUUGUUUCUUGUAUUGUUCCUUGUAUCCUGAAGACCAUUUCAUCCCUGUGAAUGAGCUGAUUGAAUAUUGGAUUGCGGAGGAAUUAAUUGCUGAUAUGAACAGUGCAGAAGCACAGUUUGACAAGGGUCACGCUAUAUUGGGAAAACUGACAAGUAGCUGCUUAUUGGAGAGCUUUACCGACAUACACGGGAUGAUGGAAUAUGUUAGGCUGAAUGAUUCAAUUAGAGAUAUGGCUCUCAGAAUAACAGCAAGUAGUCCUCGAUUCAUGGUAAAAGCUGGCGAGAGAAUACAAAGCGUACCAUAUGAAGACUGGUCUAAGGAUCUUGAGAGGAUUUCCUUCAUGGAUAGUUCGAUAAUUGAACUUCCAAUUACACCACCUAUCUGUCCCCGGCUUACCACCUUACUUUUGAAUAGCCGCUAUACGUCAAUGUUAGUGAUUCCGGAUUCUUUCUUCACCAAUAUGCCUCGUCUUGAGGUAUUGGAUUUGUCCGGGAGCAGUAUAACGUCGCUGCCAAAGUCCAUCUCCAACUUGGAGAAUUUGCAUGCAUUAAUACUGGAUAGGUGUUACCAAUUAUACUAUGUGCCGUCAAUGAAGAAACUGAAGGCUCUAAAAAUGUUUGUACUGACUUAUAGCGAAAUUCAAGAAUUACCGAAAGGUAUAGAAGAAUUGGUUAAUCUCAUAAAACUCGACCUCUCACAUAAUUCUAAAAUACAAAGGACGUUUCCUAGAUGGAAGUUACGCAACCUCUCAAAACUCCGAUACCUUAGAAUUGACGACAUAGGAGUAGAAGUGUCAGCAGAAGAUCUCAUGUGCUUGAGUUAACUAAAAUGUGUCGGUGUCAACUUUCACAAUGUACUGCAGCUUACCAGGUAUGCGAUAUCUCAGCAGUUCCAAGGGUUGCACAAG